AUGUCCGAACCAACCAACCCCACGGCUCCCGUGCCGACCUGGUCUUUCGACAACGCUACCACGUCUUCUUCUGGGGAGACCACCCCUCAGCCGACACCGUCGGAUCCAGCCUCGUCUUUUGGUGAUGAGCCUGCGCACGGUGAUAGUGCGCAAACCGCUCAGGAGCAAUCGUCGCAGAACGGCAGACGUUACCCGCCUCGAACCUGCAGAAUCUGCCUCGAUGAGGUCGAGCCGACGUUUGAGGAGCCAAACCUGUCCACGCAGUACCUUGGAGGGAAGCCGCGUGUGAGAUACGUCUCGGACGACCCGGAGCUUGGAAGGCUCAUGCGCCCUUGCAAGUGCAAAGGGUCGCAGCAGUAUGUCCACGAGGGCUGUCUCCGUGCCUGGAGAGGAGCUUCGCCGUCAGAUCGAAACCUAUGGCAAUGCCCGACCUGCAAGUACGAGUACAGGCUAAGCAGCUUAAAAUGGUCACGCUGGCUCAAUAGCGGAAUACUCCGUAUGUUUCUGACUGCAACGAUCAUGGUCUUCGCCUUGUUCAUCUUAGGCUUUGUCGCCGAUCCUAUCAUCAACAUCUGGAUUGACCCCGCCGGUGCCGUUGUGGACGUCAUGAAGGGAGGACUUGAUGGAUUCGAAGAGAUCCUCGAAUACAUACCCGACGAUGAACCAAACACCUGGUUUGUGCACUUCUCGAAGGGCUUGCUCUCCCUGGGGCUUGUAGGCCUCGUCAAGGUGUUUCUUGGCCUCGGCCCUUUGCAUUGGUGGAAUUUCAGAAUCGGUGGCGGCAGGCGUGGAAGAGGCAGGGACAGGCUCGAGAACGUCAGUUGGGUACUGGUGGCCGUAGGAGUCGCCACGUUCAUAGGGGCUGUCUGGAAAGGCGUGAGUGCGGCUUGCGCGCGGUAUCUUAGCCAAGUCAGCGAUGACAUUAUCGACGUUCCCGAAGACGACAGCGAAGAUGAGGAUGAGGGUCAAGAACAGCCGACAGAAUCCAAAAAGGACCAGUGA